AUGUGCAACAGCCAGCAAAGAUGCCACAUUGAGCUUUUGAAGGACCAGUCCUGCCCUGCCACCUACAAAUAUCUGCAGAUGGUCUAUAGCUGUGAACAGAAAGUAUGUCUCGAUAGUCUGGGCAUCGCCGACGGCAGUGUUGCAGACUCUCCCUUCAAAGCCUCCUCAAUGAAAGACGCCACCCAGGUAAAAGCCCGCCUCAACAGGGAGUCCUGCUGGAAGCCGUCAAGAAAUCCUUUGGAAUGUCUGCCUCCUCCAGCCGUCGGCAGCUGGAUCCUGGUGAACCUCGGCUACAAGAGAAAGGUGACGUCGAUCGUGACCCAGGGGUGUGAUAGCAACAAUACUCGCUCCUGGGACAUCAAACUUGAGAUGAGACUAAGCGUUGACAAGAGGAAGUGGACCAAACACCCGGACGGGAAGUUCAUCGGCGGUGGGACUCAUCUGCUUGAGACGCCCGCAAUCGCUCAGUACGUCUGCAUCCUGCCGCUAGAAAAUUGUCCAGAAUUUGGCCUCCGCUUCGACAUCUUGGGAUGCGCACAAGAGGGUUCUACUGUCCGCCCGGGUGUGACAAAGAGGAACACUUUGUCUUCGGAACGAUGGUCUACUCUGCAGUACGGGAUUGCCUGACCCCACCGGUGGACUUCUUGUCUGUGACUGCAAG